UCAAAACAACCAAAGCGACCUUCAAAAGACCAACAAGCCACAAAACAAGCACAUUCAAAGAAAGGAAACUCGAAAGAUGGAGAGGCACUUGGAUCUUAUUUCGCAAGAUGAUCUGUUCUUAUCAUUAUUGUUUGAUGUUCCUCAAGUAUCAGAUUCUGAAUAUGCGCAUGAGUUGCAGCUUCAGGAGGUUUUAGAAGUCUCCUGGGUGAUGAAUAUGAAUCCUUCAGAAAGAAAUGCUGGGUCUUCCUCGUCUUUUGUGGUUGUGACUGAGGCAAACCCGAGCAGAAGUCAGAUGAAAAUCAUAGACCCGGUUGAGAUUGGUGUUCAGAAAGAUGGUGGCCAGUCAUCAGAGAGCUUCUGUGAGAUUUGUGCAGAGAGAAAAGAGCCCAAAGAAAUGUUCAGGACCGGGACCGUGUGUUCUCACAACUUUUGCUCUCUCUGCAUAAGCAGGCAUGUGGAGACCAAAGUCCUGGACAGUGUCACCACCAUCAAAUGCCCAGGACUGGAGUGUGGGGGUGUCCUACAGAUUGAUUCCUGCAGGCAAAUCCUCCCUGAGAAUGUCCUCCACAUGUGGGACAAGUCGCUGUGCGAGGCGAUGUUUCUCAACUCGCAGAAGUUCUACUGCCCUUUCAACGACUGCUCAGCCCUUUUGAUCAAGGACUAUGAGGGAGGGCAGGUGAUUAGAGAGAGCGAAUGUCCAUAUUGCCAUAGGUUGUUCUGCGCCGAGUGUUCCGUGCCGUGGCACGUCAGCAUGUCUUGCGAAGAGUUUCAGUCGCUGAAUGAGGAUGAGAGGGGGAGUGAAGAUCUCAUUGUAAGGGAGCUUGCAAAGGAGAAGAAAUGGGGAAGAUGCCCUAAAUGCAAAUUUUACGUGGAGAGGACUCUGGGUUGUGCUCACAUCACUUGCAGGUGCCAGUUUCAGUUUUGCUAUGGAUGUGGAUCAGAAUGGACUCAUUUUCAUGGUGGUUGCACAAGAAACUGAGCAGCGAAAGGCACAGGAAGAAAGGCCUAACCAUGUAAUAUGAUCAGUUGCAUCUGUAUUUAUCGUUGAUAAGAAUUUGUGGUGAAGUAAAGUAGCGAUGCAAU